GAGCACCAGCUCUGCCUCGGAGCCGCGGCCACCACGAGGUCAACAUUUUGUUUGAACAGCUACAGUAGUUGGUCUCCUCGGCUCCCAGCUGCCCUCGGGCUUCUGUCCUAGCAUUUCUGAAACGUGUUGCUAACUUGAAAUUUAUGUGUUCAAAAUAAUAAACACAGUUUUAAAAUUGAAGCUUUAACAUUUGACAUUUUUAUACUACUGCUACAUUUUGACCCAAGACAGUUUGUUGUACUACAUAAUGUCGCGUUUAAUCAGUCUGCAUAUUUUAUCUGCAUUGCCAAUAAUAACUUUUGCACUAUUUUAGGACCAUAAUAAACGUUUCAGCUAACAUAGUUUACUAAUGCUAGAAUGUAAAGAAUGCAAUAACGGCACCACUGCUGCAUCAAGCAACGUGCAGCAUGACCCCUGGGUGUUUGCUACCCGGGGGAUCAAACCCUCUGUGGGGCAAGUGUUGCCAUCUUGGAGGAUGGAGGUUGGUCCUAGACGAUGGAAACACAAGAUUUCCACUGAUAUGUUUCUUGAGUGAGAUUAAUGACAAGCCUCGUUUUUCCAGUAAGGACUAUGCUACCCUAUAUUUUUAUGCUGCCUCCACCAAAAGCUGUUGUUCUCCGAGCCUUCCUCACACUUUGACCCUAUGAUCAAACUGCCAUAGGCGGAAUCUGGACUCAGUGCUGACAGACUGUUCCUCCCAAUGUUCAUGUCCCAGAACAUGUUACUGACACCAGCACAGACAAGUCAAGCUCACAAGUAUUAGAACUGCUCAUUUGGAAAAUCAUCGGCUGCAGGAUUAGUGAAGCUGAAGCAAACGCUGAGAUUACAGCUGUAACAGUGUAUCCUGAUGCAUAGAAAGUGGUUGAUUAAUAAAGUAAACAUUUAAAUACAUAAGAUGUUCAAAUUGUUAUACUCCGGCCCAGUUUGAGGGUUUUCCUGCUUUCUUCUUGUCAUAGAGUCAAUUUUAUAAUCUUUCUCAGCUGGAUGGUUCUCUAUGACUCGACCUAUAGGCAGUUUCCCUUUUCUGGGUUUGCAAGCACCUGUUAUAUAUUAUGUCAUCAAUCUUGGCUUCAUGGUUACAAAAAGCUGGGACCCACUUUGUUAUGUUAACCCAGGGUUUUCCCUGCAUGUUUGCACGAAAGGGCUGGUGUGACAACAUCUGACCAAUCUAAAAGAGCAUCUCACAGUUCAUAACACUUUUCUUUCACAGAAAAGGAUUCCUCUGAGUGUCACCUGUAAAGAAAAUAAAAGAAAUAUACCAGUAAAACACCACAGGAUUGUAAAAAGGACAAGAGGUGAAUCGUUCAUCUGGUGAUUUAGCACACAGAGCAGCAAAAUAAACACUUUAAUACCAGGUAAUUAUCUUGUCACUGAGCUGCUGUUUACUUUUAAGGUGAUGGGAAGCUCAACUGUCCCACGGGCUGAUAAAGGAAAUGUGGAAAUCACUUUAAUGUGUCACAGAUCAACGUGAAAUAAUGUGACUGACUGAGCUGAUGCUCUGUGUCCUGUGUUGUAGCUGCUUUUUCACCACAGAAAAAAGACAAGACAGCAACUCAGUCCACUGAAAGCUGAACUCGACUUAUCGACAUAAGACCUCAAGAAGUGAAAAUGACGAGACCAUGUUCAGUCGUUUGUUCGAUAUGAUUUCUUUUGAGCACAUUUUGUCCACACUCCAUAACAGUGGGCGGCAGUAAUGCACCGUUCUGCUGUUUGCAGCCGCUAAUAAACGUCAACAAGACGAGAGCGAGCGGUGGCUGCAGCUAGCUGUCAGGACCGAAAUCGCGCGUGUCCGAGACGAAUCAUGUUUGAAAACUUCAGAGAAAAGCUUCACAUCGUCCAGCAGGAUUUCACAACGGGCUUCAAGACACUUGGAGACAAAUCAAGAAAUACCAAAAUGAAGAGGAGACCCAGGUUUGAAGAGCAUGUUCCUCAUUUCAGUGCUGGCCUGGAACUUAUUUGUAGGUAUGAGGAGAGUUGGUUUCUGCUGCAUAAAAGAACGAAGGACUGUGCUCAGGCUGCAGAGGCACUGGAUGGUGACAUAGUGAUGCUCUCAGCACACUGGGAGAGAAAAAUGACGUCACUAACACAACUGCAUGAACAACUGCAAAGCUUGCCAGCCUUUAUCAGUGAUCUUGAUGCCAUCACUGCUAACAUAGCUCAUUUGGAAGGCGACUUUGAGGAAAUGGAGAGCAGACUGGUUUACCUGGAGGCACUGUGUUUGCAGUGUGAGCAGCAGACAGCCAAACAGCAACAUAUCAACCAAUCAGAAAACUACAAGAAAAAAAAAAGGAGGGAGUUGGAAUUACUCGAAGAGGAGUUGGGUUCUGAGCAUGCUCAGAAAGUAGCAGAGCUGGAGCUGGUCAUGCAGCAAAAACUGAGAGAGCGACAGAAAGUCUACGAAGAAGCCUUUAACCAAGAUGUGGAAAAAUACCUGUCCACUGGAUGCCUGCAGAACAGAGAGCCAGCAGGUGCUGAUGUUUGCUCUCUGGAUCAGGUGACACUAACUAACACAGACCAAGAGGCUUUGGAUGACUUCCUCAACUCCAGUGGAGAUGAAGUCACUACUGAAUCAUCAUUGACAUCAGGUCCAGACCUUACACGUUGCUCUUCUGAAUCUUCGAACCAAACCUCUCCCCCAAACGACCAGCUGUCCAACAAGGAUGUAUUCUGGCAGCCAGAAGAGGAACUGGCCAGUCAGGAGAGCGAUGAGCCUCUGGUGCAGUCAGACGAAGAGGAUAUUCAUCCAGAUAUGGCGCUGGUUGGUCUCCAUGAUGUUGGUACACUCAGAGGCUCUGACGACAGUGACAGUUCAGCAGACCUGUGCACUGGCACCUACGCCCUUGGAAAGGCCUGAAUGUUGGACCUGUGGCUACUGCAUUGAUUUAGCAGGGCUUAGAGCUUUUUCUGGUCCUCAAAGAUCUUCCAGAUGUUAGCCUACAAUGCUUUUUUUAAAAGAUAUAAUUUCUUUGUUUUUUCAAAAUGUAAAGCUUUUGAAACAAUGAAUUGAUUCUACUAACCACGUGUAGGCAGGUCAGAAAUGUAUUGGAACCAAAAUCAUUGUUGGUUUGUUUAAAAAAAAAAAAACAAACCCAAUUUGAUGACCUGAGCCUUUAACAUUAGGGCGCUGUAUGCAAAGUGUUUCACAAUCAUAAGUAUUUAUCACCUGUUAUAAAAAUAUCAAUCUGUCAUAGCAGUGUUUUGCAUGUUUAUGUGAAAUUUAUGAUCUUUUGUCAGUUUUGAAACCCGGCAAGCUGAUGAUGAUAAAUUCUUCUGACUCAGACAAAUGUCUAAUGGAUGGUUUUCAUAUUGUAAUGUUUUUGUUUUUAAUGAAUUACAUUUGAGGAUGAUGUGGUUGCACGUUAA